GCGUUCAGAGGCAGUUUAAAAGCGCGGCCGUUUUUUUCCUGGACUCGCUUUGGACCAAAUCACGAACAUGGAAGCAGAGGUCAUUUACGAUGACGUCAUGCCCGGUCCGUCCAACGCCGAGGACCGUGACGAAGGGAAGGUCACGAUCAGGUUGCCCACGAGGGUGAAAAAGAAAAGGGAGAGGAAACAACAGGGGUGUUCGACCGCAGCCCUGACGGUGGCUUUCGCCCUCAGCAUCGUCUUUGCUAUUUUCAGCACCAGUUUGCUCAACCACUUCCUCCUUUCAACCAAGAUGUGCAAUGGACAGGAGAAGAUUUCUGCGUUCAUAGCUGAAGCAAUGCAAAUGCAGUUUUUCAAUUUAAGUGGUCAGAAUGAAGCGCUGUAUAAUGAAAUGCAGGAUAAAAUCAACUCAGCUAACAAGCGCCUUGAACAGAAUCAAGCUCUGGAUAAUGAAAUGCAGGAUAAAAUCAACUCGGCUAACAAGCGCCUUGAACAGCUGGAAUUUGUGGCCAGAGUUUUAGUUCACAACCAUCACCUGAAUAUCUCCGAAUUCCUGACUCCAAUAAAUUGCACCCUCGCACGUUCCCAUUCAGCUAAUUUAGCGCGGUUGUCCAACGGCAAGAAAUACUACUUUUCUAAUCCUUAUACAUGUAACUGGACUGAGGCCAACGAGAGGUGCAAGAGGAUGGGUCUGCACCUGGCCACCCUCAAGGAUGAAGCCGACCUGAACGCGACCUGGACAGAAGCAAAGAAAAGGGAGACAGAAGCAAAGAAAUGGGCUUUUGGGGACUGGAAUUUGUCUGCAAAGAAUUACGGAACCGGAGAAAAAUCCGACUAUCGGUGGCACGACGGGUCAGAGCUGCCACAAAACAGCACCUUGUGGAGGGACGAUGCUAACAAAAUUAAGAGCUGCGCUUAUUUCUACACUGGAAACACUGUAAAAUUGAGUGGAGGGACUUGCAGUCUUAAGAAGUAUUUUAUUUGUGAGCUGCCAAGCAUAUGUUACUGAGCAGCCAUUUGUUUCUUCAAGUUAGCUCUUCAGAGAUAAAGGUCAUGUAAUCGCAAAAUAUUAUUUAAAAACCAAAAAUAUCUAUCAAAAUAUUGCGCUAUGUACAUAUUUGUUAAAUUUUAAAUUUAUUAUUAUGUAUUGUUUUAAGUUUCUGUAUAGGUUCUUGAAGUUGUUGUUGUGGAACCUUUUGGCACUCGAGGUGGUCAUAUUUGUUGAAAUAAAAUCCGGCUUCCUCGGUGGAGAUCAAGGUCCGCUCGUCAGAAAAUUUCGAUUGUUGUCGAGCUCUCUGAUUGGGUACAACUUUUCUUGUACCCAAUCAGAGAGCUCAAACAACAAUCAAAUCAUUUUUCAUUGUUGCUGAUGCGCGGACCUUGGUGGAGAUGAGCAACUUUAUUGUUUCUGCAUGGUACAGAAAAUCCCUGCUCUACUAGUUUCGGUUGCGGGUUGCAACCCUAAUUCAUGAGCUGUUAACAAUGAAAUAAGCUGACAUUUAACCAAUUUUAAUUACAUUUUGAAAAAUUAACAUACAAAUUAUAUUCAAAAAAAAUUUAAAAAAUUAAAUUACAAUAUUUUUCUCCUUAAUUUUAAAAUACAAAAUAUUUGAAUUAAUUUAAUUUUAAGAAAAAAAUUUCCAAGCAAAUUCAACAAAACACAAAAUUGUGAAAUGUGUGAAAAAGUGCGUACCUCUUUUCUCGUCGGAAGACGAAACGAAACUGAUCAGCCGUGACGAGUGCGAACGACGCGCGCGCCGGGUGCAAUAAAACCAAUAAUGCACCAUCAAUGAACACGCCGCCGCCACCAACGCGCGCGCCCAGGUAUAACCUCCGAACGCGAAAAUAAAACAUGCAAGCCAGGUAGAAAUUUCACCCUCCUCCCCCUGAAUAAUAAAGCAAACCAUUCCAUUUUUAAAUCCCCAAAUCAGUUUCGUUUCGUCUUCGGACUAGAAAAGAGGUAAGCACUUUUUCACACAUUUCACACAAUUUUGUGUUUUGUUGAAUUUGCUUGGAAAUUUUAUUCUUAAAAUUAAAUUAAUUCAAAUAUUUUGUAUUUUAAAAUCAAGGAGAAAAAUAUUGUAAUUUAAUUUUUAAAAUUUUUUUUGAAUAUAAUUUGCAUGUUAAUUUUUCAAAAAGUAAUUAAAAUUGGUUAAAUGUCAGCUUAUUUCAUUGUUAACAGCUCAUGAAUUAGGGUUGCAACCCGCAACCGAAACUAGUAGAGCAGGGAUUUUCUGUACCAUGCAGAAACAAUAAAGUUGCUCAUCUCCACCGAGGAAGCCGGAUUUUAUUUCAACAUGUAUUGUUUUAUUUUUACAAAUCAAGUCGAGGAGAAGGACAAAAAUAUUCAUCAUUAUUUAAGAACUAUUAUAGGAUGAACAAUUACACAUAUCUUUGUUAUGCUUUUAUCUGCUUUAUGAUAACUUAUUUUUGCAUUUUAAUAUACUUAUAUAAUGUUUUAAAAGAAUAAAAUCCUGCUUGGAAUUCAAUCAUGUAACGUUAAACUCAUAUAUGUCAUGACAGCCGUUGCAAGACCAAAUAAUUUGUAUGUUUGAGUUCAGGAAUGAAUUACUUUAAAUUAUCAUUUGAUAAAUGUUUGCUUCUUGAAACUGUUAUAAAAGAGGAUUCAUUAAAAACAAUUUAAAAUGAAACGCCCUACAAAGAAUAUUAUCCAUAUUAUCAAACGUUAUAAUUAAAGUUUAAAAUAAUUAUUU